AACGAUAAAUGCGACAUUGGCAUUUCUUUUUCAACUUACUAUUUCUAUCAGUAAUAAGUUGUAACCAGUGUAUUAAUAUUUGUACUUUGUAUUUUUAGAAUACAAAUGGCAACCGCAGAAUAACGGGCUAUUAGGAGAAAAAUUCCUCAAAAUCCACUAACCAAAAAUAUCUAACUCUCCUUCCAACUCAAAUCUUUUGUAGCUCUGUAAUUUGCCUGUUGUUUCCCCCAAAACAACUAUGCAAUUCCAACAACAACUAAUCACAAACAACAAUAAAUCACCGGCACAUCACCGGUCCGGUGACCGGCAAAUCAAUCACCACCACCAACUACCACAUUUAUAUCUAUGAGAAACUCUCCCUUCUUUGUUUCUAAUGUCUCCCAAACAUCUUUUUCAGCUUCUUCAAUAUUCUCAACACCUGCACAUUUUAAUUCCACAUUUCCGUUAACAGAUCCGUCCACAAAUUCAACUUUCAUUUUUCCUUCUACUCCUGUUGCUGACGGUACCUUUGACUUCGUUACAUUUUGUUUUAUUUCCGGUCUUACCCUUCUUUCUCUUCUUUCUUUCGUUUUCAUCUUUCAUCUACGCCUUAGAUCUCGUCAAUUUCCUCAUCUCAGAAACUUCAACUCUCUCUGGACCGUCCGAUUACUCCUUAUAUUCUUCGCUUUACUCUGGGCUUUAAACGAAGUUUUCCGGUUACAUUUCAUUCGCCGGAAAUACAUUUUUCCAUUUUUACCCUCCUUAACCCUAAAUCAACAACACAAUCUCUGUAAAGUCCACGUGGUUCUUUCCUUGGGCUUAUUUGAACCGGGUUUCUUAAUCACUCUUCUUUUCUUAGUAAACGUGUCCAUUAAGAAACAAAGCCCAAGUGGGAUUUGGGCUGCUAUAAUAGUCUGGCCCAUUUGUUUUCCUCUGUUAGUGCUUCAAACUCUCUCUGUGUUCUUCUCUCCAUUGCAAGAACAUAUACCGAAAUACAUGCAUUCGAGUUCGUUCAUUUCCACUGAUUUAUUAGGGAACAAAACAGUGCUUUGUACUUACCCUUUAUACAGUGCUAUUUUCUUUGGAGGAUUUGUGGUUGCUUAUUUGUCAGCCUUCUUGUUUUCGUGUUGGAGGGUUAUAUCCUUUGUUAUUAACAGGAAAAUUCAGAUCCUAUACAUGGUGUUGCUGUGUUGGUGAUGUUCUUAGCUGUUGCAUGGUGUGUAGCAGUUGGGGAGGUUACUUUGGUAAUUAAACCUAUUGCUGAUGCAUUUGCUGCUGGUAGAGCAUGUAAUUGACAUUGGAAUAACGGAGUUAUGUAAGGAGAAAGGGUGGAAGGACAUCAUGGUCAUUUUAAUUUGAGCUUGAUUGAUAGUCAGUAGUUUCAUAUGCCCGCUUUAUCUAAUUCCUAGAAAUUACUUUGUAUUUAAUUACAGCAUAUAAUUAGCAGUUGUUCAUAGUUGCAGGAUUAUCUGGGAAGAAAAGUCAUCAGACAUAUACGGCCUAGGAAAUAUCCACUCUUUUCUUUUCCCUAUUGCAGAGACUGUUUCCGUGCUCAUAUUUAAGUCAUCUUUUGACUCAACUUUUAGGCGUAAUUUAUUUUAUUCAAUUACA